UGCCUCACUGCACUCGUCAGCCAAUCCGACCUGCAGGUUGCUGGUUCCUGCAGGGUCCGGUCUGGCAACUCCUUGCUGCUUCUGAACCAUCUGUCCCUCCGCUGCCACUCAGUCUGUUCUUCAAUUUUGCCUUUGAUGUUCAGGGCUCAUAGAUUGUCAUAUAUAAUCGAUUCACUUGUUUUGUUUUUUUCCAGUCUUUGUUGUAAGACAGACCACUGGAAGCAUCUGACUACUCCGCCAUUUUGGCCUCACCUCUCUCUUCCCCCUCUUUUUUGCCCUGCUCAGUGACACAGGCUCCUGGAUGAGUCUUUAGGGCUCAAAGCAGGAGUUGCCUCUUCCGGGAAGUCUUCCGUGACCCUCUCCCCAUCCCAGCCUGAGUUAGAGUUUCCUCUUCAGUGGUUUCUUUCUAACAGCACAUUUCUCAUCACAAUAUAAAACCACCUCUUUCCCAUAUCAAGUGUAGGCUGCCUGUGGACAGAGCUUGUCUUAGUUGUCUUUGCCCCUUAGUGCUGAACACAGUGUCUUCCACAUAGUAAGUACUCAAGAAAUAGUUUUGAAAUGAAUGAAAGAACAAAUAAAUGAAUGUGAAUGAGUUGUGCUUUGUGAGUGUGGACUUUGCGUAUGAUCUCUUGAAAGGAAGUGUGUGACAUCAAGUUUGAGCAUUGAGCAAACGAACAUGAGUGUGUGAUUGUGUCAGGGUGACUGGGUGUGUGUAUGGAAGUGAUGUAAGUGACUACAGCUGAGAGUGGGUGAAAGGGAGGGAGGGGGUGGCUGACUGUGGAGAAAGAUUGGGAAACCCUGGGCUGGGUGAUACUGAAGGGAAGGACACAGUCUCAGCAGAUGAUGUUGCCUCUUCCCGAACAACGUCCUUGAAAAGGUUCCUGCCCUUCCUAGUCAUGGACAAGAGAGCUUCUGGUUACGGGCUGGCCUCCUCUCUCCCUGCCUUGGAAACCCUGGUGGCAUAGUGGUUAAGAGCUAUGGCUGCUAACCAAAAGGCCUGGGAAGUGAACAAAGAGACCAACUGUGUGACCGCCUACCUGGCUGGCUGUGAGACUCAGCUGACUUCGGCAGGCCCAAGGAAGGGUCUGCUCUAUGGUGUCCCUGUAAGCCUCAAGGAGUGUUUUAGCUACAAGGGCCAGGACUCAACACUGGGCUUGAGCCUGAACCAGGGGGUGCCGGCGGAGUACGACAGCGUGGUGGUACAGGUGCUGAAGCUGCAGGGUGCUGUGCCCUUCGUGCAUACCAAUGUGCCCCAGUCCAUGUUCAGGUUGGAUGUCAAGGGUGUGGGAUAUGGGCUGGGGCACCAGUGCCAGCAUGACAUGGAAGCAACCUGUUCCUUUUCCCCCAGCUAUGACUGCAGCAACCCCCUCUUUGGCCAGACCACCAACCCAUGGAAUUCUUCCAAGAGUCCAGGUGGCUCCUCGGGGGGUGAAGGGGCCCUCAUUGGGGCUGGGGGCUCCCUCCUGGGCUUAGGCACCGAUAUUGGUGGCAGCAUCCGCUUCCCCUCUGCCUUCUGUGGCAUCUGUGGACUCAAGCCAACUGGGAAUCGCCUCAGCAAGAGUGGCCUGAAGAGCUGUGUCUGUGGACAGGUGGCAGUACAGCUCUCAGUUGGCCCCAUGGCCCGGGAUGUGGAGAGCCUGGCGUUGUGCUUGCGAGCCCUGCUGAGUGAGGACAUGUUCCGCUUGGACCCCACCGUGCCCCCCAUACCCUUCAGGGAGGAGGUCUAUACAAGCUCUCAGCCCCUGCGCAUAGGGUACUAUGAGACUGACAACUAUACCAUGCCUACCCCAGCCAUGAAGCGGGCUGUGCUGGAGACCAAGGAGCGCCUUGAGACAGCUGGCCACACGCUGGUUCACUUCCGGCCAAGUGACAUACCCCAUGCCCUGGAGACCCUGUCAACAGGUGGGCUGUUCAGUGAUGGUGGCCACCGCUUCCUGCAGAACUUCAAAGGUGACUUCGUGGACCCCUGCUUAGGGGACCUGAUCUCAAUUCUGAAGCUGCCGAGGUGGCUUAAAGGACUGUUGGCCUUCCUGCUGAAGCCGCUGCUCCCAAGGUUGGCAGCUUUUCUUGACAGCAUGAAGCCUCGGUCAGCUGGAAAGCUCUGGGAACUGCAGCACGAGAUUGAGGUGUACCGCAACACUGUGAUUGCUCAGUGGAGAGCGCUGGACCUGGACGUGCUGCUGACCCCCAUGCUGAGCCCUGCUCUGGACUUGAAUGCUCCGGGCAAGGCCACAGGGGCCGUGAGCUAUACUAUGCUCUACAACUGCCUGGAUUUCCCUGCGGGGGUGGUACCUGUCACCACAGUGACCGCCAAGGACGAGGCCCAGAUGGAACAUUACAGGGGAUACUUUGGGGAUAUCUGGGACUGGAUGCUUCAGAAGGCCAUGAAGAAGAGCGUGGGGCUGCCUGUGGCCGUGCAGUGUGUGGCUCUGCCCUGGCAGGAGGAGCUGUGUCUGCGGUUCAUGCGGGAGGUGGAACGGCUGAUGCCCUGUCAGAAGCGGCUGUCUUGACUGUAGUUCGCCUAUUUGCCUGGUGGCACCAGAGGACCUGAGACCUAUUCAAUCUGAGGCCCAAACUAGUUGGCACAGCUGCCAUUACCCUGAGAGGACAUGUCCAGCAUGGGGCAGAGGCUUCCAUGUUCCCCUGCACCCCAAGCCCCUGGAAGAAACCCAGGCCCCCAGAGCCUGAACGUUGUUCCCACCUCUGGUCCCCUCUCUCUGCCCUGACUCCCCCAUGUGGCGGCCAAUGGGUUUGACAUGGGCAAAGGCACACUAACAAUCACGAAAGUUCCUAGUCUAUACUUUCUGGGCAUCAUUGUUGGGCACACAGGUUGGAAUCUACUGAGAAUAUGGCUGGCUUAAUCUUCAAAGCUCAGUUCCAGCCGUGUCAAUCUGUUGCUUCAAAACCUUCCUGGUGCCCAUCAGUCACAGGAGGGACAGAGCCUUCUCAGAGUGGGCGUUGCAGCCCCCAACAUCUCACCACUAUGCCUCCUCUCCUGCUUAGAUUAAGCCCUACUUCGCUGGACACUGCCCUUUCUCUUCUUCCUUCCUUUGCUCCUUUCCUCUGCCAAGAAGCCCUUCUGUUUCUCUACCAUUAAAUUCUUCAAGGCCCAGCUUUCUUUCAGGAAGCCUUCCUUCUCCUGGAGCCUUCUUCCAGAAUUUUUCCUGUGGAAGAAUCUCUCUUUCCUCUUAGCCCCGGCAGUAUGUGGGCCGUUUCCUCCCUAGCCUGCCUGGGUGGUGGGUGCCUGUGGGUGGGUCUGCCUCUGCUAGCACACUGGCUGUCCUCAGUGGCAGGGACCCCAUUGCUCCAUCUUUGUCCUUAGUGGCCAGCACAGAGCCAGGCACAGGGCAGCAGGGCAUCUGGAGAGCUAGCUCUGAGCUGGUGCUGCUGGGGAGAGGAGCCCACAGGCCUGGGAGAGUGAGCAUAAGACAAUCCCAUCUGGCAGAGAGUGCUCUCAGGGAUGGCCAGGAGCUGGAUUGCUCAUGGAAGGCCUCCUGAAGGAGCAUGACCAGUCCACAAGGUUUCCAGAGGCCGAGAUAGGAGGCAGGGGCAUCCCAGGGAGAGGGAACAACAUGCGCAAAGGCCAGGGUGCGUCCAGUAGAAGGGAGGUAUAUUGAGUGAAUGCAGGAAAAGCAGCAGCAA